UUUACCGGAAGACGAAGCAGAACGGAAAUGACGUGACUUUUAUUACUCAACAAUAUUUUUAGUUUACUGUGUGAGAGUUUAGCUGCAGCUGCUGAAGAAAUUCUGUCAGGUCAACGAACGAAGUAUGAGGAGGAGGUCAGCCGUGAGCUCAGACUGCUGCCGAUCAACCGGAGACCCGAGAUAAAGUCACACAAAGCAGACAUCCCCCAGCAACAUGAAGUGUAAGGAUGCAGAAGGUCGUGAUGAUCAGCAGGUCUGUAACCAGGAGAGGAGCUCCAGUGUGGACCAGGAGAAUCCUGAUCUUCCACCAGUUAAAGAGGAACAGGAGGAGCUCUGCAUCACUCAGGCAGGAGAGCAGCUUGUAGUGAAACAGGAGGCCGAUGGCAUCAUUUUCUGGACCGGGGAAGAGCGCCUCAGGCUGCUGGAUGUCAUCUGGAGCCCUGAAAUGAAUUUAUUACACAGAUCAGACCUCCCACAACAACAUGACUGUAAGGAAGAAGAGGGUCUGGACGACCAUCAGGUGUGUAACCAGGAGAGGUACUCCAGUCUGGGAGUAGAUCACCCAGAGCCGCGACACAUUAAAGAGGAACCGGAGGAAUUGUGCAUCAGUCAGGACGGAGAGCAGUUUGCACUGAAGCAGGAGAGUGAUACCUUUAUGGUGACUCAGACUUAUGAGCAGUGUAGGCCAGAACCAAAGAAAGAGCAGUUUCUUUCUCAUAACUUACCUGCAACACAUAGGAGAGAUGAGGAAGAAGGCACACAUGUGGGAUCAAGUAGAAGAGCAGAUCCGAUAAAGAGGAAACCUCGCGGUGAGGGAGCAGAUGACUCCCCCGGCUCAGAGGGCCAGUAUACAACAAACACAUUUAAAAAGUGUUUAAAAUGUGAAACUUGUGGAAAAAUCUUUCAUUUUAAAUCUGGACUGAAUGAACACCAGAGAGUUCACACAGGUGAGAAGCCUUAUUGUUGUAGUGUCUGUGGAAACAAAUUUAGUUUCUCAUCUGCAUUCAAAGUUCACAUGAGAAUUCACACUGGUGAGAAACCAUAUUCUUGCAGUACUUGUGGGAAAUGUUUUAGAGAUUUAAAAUCAUUCAAAACUCACACUAGAAUUCACACAGGUGAAAAGCCAUACUCUUGUAGCAUCUGUGGAAAAACAUUCAGGGACUUAUCAGGAUUCAGAAAACACACACGAAUUCACACAGGUGAGAAGCCAUAUGUUUGCACAAUAUGUGAGAGAAGCUUCAGUCAAAUGAUACACUUGAAAACUCACAUGAGAAUUCACACAGGUGAGAAGCCAUUAUCGUCUGGCCCCCGUGGCAAAAGAUAUAGAUACUCAUUUGGAUUGAAAGCGCAGAUGAGAAUUCACAUGGACGAGAAGUCACAUUUUUGUAGCACAUGUGGGAAAACAUUCAAGCAGAAGACACAGUUAAAAAGACACAUGAGAAAUCAUACUGGUUAAAAAUGUCAUCUUUUAGAUUUUUAGCACUGUGUUGAUAGCACAGCCCGCACCGGUGAGAUGCCAAAUCAGUGCAACACCUGUGAGGAAAAAAUGAUCUCAUAUAUUCUAAUACUGGCUUAUUCUUAUAAUCAUAGGGAAAGCCUUUUGUUUGUUGUUUUUUUGUUUGUUUGUUUUGUUUGUUUGUUUUUAAGUCUAGAAAUGAUAUUUUUAGCCUGUAGCGAUAUUACACAAAAAUUAAUUGUUUGAAUUAUGUCCUUAAACUUGAUUCACUAAACAGCUUUGUUGUUUAAAAAAAAAAAACUUAAACAAAUGUUCAUUUUUGUUUAGUUUUGUUUUUCAUAGUAAAGAUUUGAUUCUUCUGUGAGGCUUGUGAGUUUGUUUGGGGUUUUUUUUUUUUUUUUUU